AUGGCAUACUCCAAUAUCCACUGGGUCUACCCAGUGCGCCUCGUACAGGCCCUGUUCGCUCUCAUCGUGAUCGGCUUGACUGGAUAUGUGGUCGGCUCGUGGUAUAACUGGUGGACCUACUCCAGUGCCGUGGAUUUCAUGCUCUUCCUCGGCUGUUGGACGGCGUUUCUGGCCGUACCCUACCUUGCCUGCGCGCCGCUGUGGUUCCCGCGCCUCGCACACCGGUUCGUCAUCCCCGCGGUCGAGGUGAUCACGAUGAUCUUCUGGUUCGCGGGCUUCAUUGCCAUCGCUGCGCUGCUCCCACCGGCGCCAGCGUGCCACGGGAGUAUCUGCAGCGCUCUUCAAGCGGCUACUGUGUUUGGGGCGUUGGAAUGGGCACUGUUUGUCGCGACCACCGUAUUCGCGAUCCUGGAGCUCAUGCAUUCCCGGAGUGGGACCAGUGUGAAGCCGGCCAACGCCCACGUCGGGGUUUAA